GCGCGGGUACCGAACCCAACACCAACCAACCCAACCCAAACCCCAUCCGCAAACCACUCCGCCCCGGCCCCGUCUGUUUCCUACCCAGAGGAAAGCACUGGCAGGCGCGCGCGCACCGCGCCGCUGCCGUGCCAAUAUAGUAGUAGCAGAGCACUAGCCGUAUGCCAUGGUAGUGGCGCCACCACUUGUACGCCUAUAGUAUCCGGCCGCCUCGCCUCGCCUCGCCUCGCCUCUCUUCCAUCCCCUGCCCGCCGCUGAGCACCAAAGUCGAAGUGGCUGGGGCGACCAGAGGCCGGCCGGCCCCAGCGCCGAGCUGCUGCGCGCGCGUGCGGACCUAACGCGCCCUUUCCGCUGGAGUAAAGGCUCGCCACCUGCCCUGCUGCUGCUACUAUCUGCUCUGCUUGCUCCAGCAGCAAGCCUAAGAGGAGGCAGUGACGGUCGGGUCCGGCGGGCACGUCGCGGGUGAUCCGGCCGGCGGCGCCAUGAGCAGGGAGCACCAGCAGCCGCCGCGGCGGUUCAUCGCCAUCCCCUUCUCCUCCGGCUGCCGCUCCCACUCCAGCGUCGACGUCGUCGACACCUCGCGCCACGCCGGCAAGAAGCCCCACCCGCAAGGGAUUGAGUUCGGGGUGGUGCCAGGCGGCGCGUCGGCGAGGCCGACGGCGGCGGCAGCGGCGGGCAAGGGGGAAUCGCUGGUGGCGCGGCUCCUCCGCGGGUUCAAGAACCUGUCCCAGAUCUUCGCGGUGUACGACGAGGACGACGAGGAGGAGGAGGAGCGGGAGAUGGUGAUCGGGCUCCCCACGGACGUGAAGCACGUCGCGCACAUCGGCUGGGACGGCAGCACCAGCACCACCACCAGCCUCCGCUCCUGGAACCGCGCCGCGCCGCCUCCGCCACCGGCAUCCUCCUCGUCGUCGUCCGCGUCCGCGUCCGCGUCCACCUCCGCCGCCGCGCCGCCUCAGCAGCAGCACCAGCCGCCGGAGCAGUACCCGCUGCCCCUCCCGGCGCUCGACAUGCGGCAGUUCGAGCUCGCCAUGGCCGCCCAGGCCGCCGCCACGAGCGCCGGCACCAGCGGCCCCCACCGGCAUCACAGCUAGCGUCGAGCCAGGGAGGAGUUGGUACACCCUUGGCUCGUCAGUCGUCACAGGCCGUCGUCCGUUUCUGCCGUCCACCUCCGUCCCCAUGUGGAGCAGGGUGGGGGCGGGCGCGAGCGAGCGAGAGCGCCCGGGCGAUCUGGCCUCCACCUCGGCUCUUCCUCCCGCCCGUUCCCCGCCCUGGUCGCCGCCGUGUCGUCGGAGUUGGUGCAUGCUUCGUUUGCUUGUGCUUUGGCCAUUGCUGCGGUGCGCUGUGCUGUACGUAGCCCAUUUUUCGGAUUUCUUGUUGGCUUGCUAUUUGUUCUUUACUGCCAUUUACGAAAUCUUAAUUGCUCGCUUUACACGGUA